AUGGCAAGCGUACGUAGCCACUUUGCCAUCUUGAACUCGCCCAAUAAUUUAAGAAGAAGAUCUAGUUUUGUGCAGUUUGGAGCCGAAAUGGAGACUGGCAGUUUAGACGAGAUUCAGAGAGUAUUCACAUGCGGUUUAUGUGAAGAAAUUGUGGAAAUAGUAGAGAGCCAUCCUUGUGUGGUAGACUAUGCUGAAGUAAUUUUUGACGAAAAUCUAUAUUUUUAUCCUCAAUGCGAUAAUGGAGACAUUGUGCGUCGAAGCAAUGUGAAUGGAGAAAAUAUUAAUGUUGUUGAGAACUCACAGUUCCCGUCGAAAGGUCCACAAGGUGUGACACCGGAAAGCAAUGCAGAUGAGAUUCUGAUUGCAGAGGUGUUCUUAAGGGAGCCAUUAUGGAAUCAGAAUAUUGCGAUCGCACGGCGAGGCAGAAGAACGAUGGAUAAGCUAUGGCAAGAAGUUAGCGAAGCAACAAAAGGAGUAUACUCUAGUGAAGAGUGUAAAAGAAAAUGGAAAAAUCUCCGUGAUCGAUUUAUGAGGAUUGUUUCUGCGGAGAAGCUGCCAAGUGGAGCGGCAAGUCAGUCAAAGAAGAAUAAAUGGCGAUUCUAUGAAUCACUAAACUUUUUGCGUGACACGUUAUUAAGAAGAGAAACUGUAUCGAACAUACCAGUCUGUAAUAAUAUGAAUGUUGAAGAUGAAGAAGAAGAAUCUGCACAAGAUGAUACCCCUAAGAACAGUAAGAAGCAAAGGGUAAACAGAAACUCAAAUCAAGAUAGUGUUAUCUUGGAACAAAUAAGUGAGGCCUUACACGAACCGCCUCCGACAAUUUCUUUGCCGUCAAUUCCAGUAGCGGAUGAAGAAGAGCAUUUCGGAAUGAUGAUUUCCUCGCAGCUUCGUAAAUUUUCAAGAUCCCGCAGGAGGCAACUAAUGUUUAAAAUACAUAAAAUGCUAUAUAAAGAACUAAAUAAGGAUGAGCAAUAA